AUGAUCUUUUUCUGUAGCUUGAGGAAUAAUNUCGUGAGAUUACAACAAUAUGCUGAAAGACAGCUGACAGCUGAAAGCUCGAGGCGUCACUCGGCAGUCGUUCUCUUCGAUAUUAAAGCUGCUUUUGACUCAGUAUGGCAUGAUGGACUAAUUUACAAACUCAAUGAUCUACGCCUUCCUCGAUACAUAGUCAGAUACCUAAUCUCCUUCUUACACAAUCGAACAGCCGCUAUUGAAAUUGAAAAUGUCUUAUCACGUACAUUCCAGCUCAAGAGUGGUACACCACAAGGAUCUCCGUUGUCACCAUUGUUAUACAUCAUAUACACGGCAGAUUCGAUGAAUGGUAUACCGUCUCACACGGAACAUGGAUUGUUCGCCGACGACACAGCUCUAUGGACAUCGCAAAUAUCCACAACAGGUCUCAACGAAAGACUUCAACAAUCCAUAGAUGCUUUCGAAACCUACACCCAAGAAAGAAAUACAAACAUCCAGUGCAAGUGA